CGCACGUCACUGUCAAACCUAAUUGUCCAACGUUCAAAAUUUGUUUUGUGCUUUGUUCAGUGAUGAAAUAUUCUUGAAAACGGACCAUUAAAUUACAUAAAUAAGUUUUAUUUCAUUAAGUGCUUGGAUUGCAGCAAUGUAUAAUUCUAAUAUGGUGUUGUUAUCUGUUACUUAGUUUAAGGGAUGAGUGCAACGGACACCAGAGACUUUGAGGAAAGAUAUUCAGCAUGCUUCAUUGAUUUCGGCUUAAAAACUGCCGCCGGCCUCCUUAUCGGCAGUAUGAUGGGCAGUUUCUUCCUCCGUGGCUUUAAAAAAUGGCCCAUGUAUAUUGGAGGCGGCCUUGGGUUCGGCAUGGCCUACACCAAUUGCGAGAACAGCCUCAACCAUUUCCUGCUGUCCAUGGAUCCCAAACAGUGUGUUAUAAAAAAAACAGCUUGACACCUGGACACGUGUGCUUCAGAGCGUUGGUCCUGUACAGUAGUAUAUUAUUUUACGUAAAUUUAAAUAUUGUUUAAUACUAAAUAUUUCGGUUGAUUUUGUA